AUGGCUUUUUGCAGAUUCAGAAAAGCGGCUUUUGAUCCUGUUGGCAAACUUGGGAUAGACUGCAGAUCCAAUAUGUUGUCACCUCAAACAACAUAUGCAACUUACCUUGUUUACAAAUUACAAGAAAACCAUGCUUUGUUUGAGCUUCCUAUUGUUUGUCAGCAUUUCUAUUAUCGGUUUCCGUGGAAUAUCUAUUUACUUAGUCCCCAAGCUCCUGUUAUUGCGGAAAAGGUUUAUCAAAUGAAACGCAUUCCACAACAAAGGAACGAUGGUUGGAUGGAAGUACAAGUAUAUGAAUUUCAAACAGAGACCGGGCAUUCAAUAGCUUUUAGAUUGAGGUUUUCCAGUGACUACAAGCCGCUUAUAGGACUUAUUGUGCAAGGUAUUGAGUUUAGACCAUUACAUGGAAAUGAAUUGAUUGUAACAGGUUCUCUCAUGUAUUAA